AUGCUGGGACUGCGUCCACGGAAAACCAUAAUCUCUGUGCUCCUGCUCACUGGACUGAUUUCUGUGUAUCUUUAUUUUGACGACGCCAUCCCUUCCCCUCCAUUCGGAACCUUCGACACCUCCAAUGGCCAGUUAACCCGGAACAUCACUUUUAGCCAGCCACCCUACCAUGCUGGUGUACCUCAGAAAUACUACAACACCGCCAACUCAACGCGUCGGGCGUCCGCUGCUAUCGUCGUUCUUUGCCAGAAUCACCACAUUCCUAGCAUCCUCGCAAGUAUGGCGCUCUUCGAGGAAAAGUUCAAUGUCAAGUAUGGAUACCCAUACGUCUUCCUCAACGACGUAGAGUUCACGGAUGAAUUCAAAGCAAAUAUCACCGCCGCUACUCACUCCCGUGUUGAGUUCGGGCUUGUACCCCGAGAGCACUGGGUCCAACCAUCGUGGAUAGAUGAAGAACGGGCAGCAAAGGCACGAAAAAAGCUGGCUGCAGGUCAUGUCUUAUAUGGCGACAGCGUAUCGUGUAUCGGAACAUGUGUCGCUUCCAAUCUGGGUUCUUCUUCCGCCAUCCCCUAUUACAGCAGUACAAAUGGUAUUGGCGGUAAGUCAACUUCCUUAUAUCCUUUCUCUCUUACUCACUGGAACAGGAUCGAGCCCGAUGUCAAGUUUUUCUGCGACAUCGACUUCGACCCGUUCCUCUUCAUGGAAGGGGAAGACAAGAAAUAUGCAUUCACAAUAUCCAUGCCCGAAAAUCGCAAAACAGUUCGCACAUUAUGGCCCAUUGUGAAAGAAUUCAUCGCUAACAAUCCAUCGCUCCUUGCGGACGACAAUUCUCUUGACAUGCUCACAGCCACGACCAAGGGUGGGGCGUAUUGGAAUAUGUGUCAUUUCUGGAGCAACUUCGAGAUCGCGGACCUCGAUUUGUGGAGAAGCGAUGAAUACCUGAAAUUCUUCAACUUUCUCGAUUCAAAAGGGGGAUUUUACUAUGAGCGCUGGGGAGAUGCGCCAGUCCACACAUUUGGUGCAGCCAUGUUUGUCAGGAAGGACCAGAUUCACUUCUUCAAUGAAAUUGGUUAUUGGCACAUUCCAUAUACCCAUUGUCCCUCUGGGGCCGCACAUUCAAGAGGGCGAUGCACUUGCGAGGAAAAAGAUAGCAUGGACCGGCAUGGCUGGUCGUGCUUACGCCACUACGACGCCCUGUUUAAUGCUUCUCAAAGUCCAUGA